AUGAUGCAUCAAGUCAUCGUACUGGUUGUUGUGUCCUAUGCGGUUCUAAGUUGUCACGGUAUUCUUGCAAAAUCAGCAAAACUGGUGCCUAUUGAUCACUAUGGUAACAAUAAUGGCCGAAAUUUAUGGAACAUUCUCCGGUACAUAAAAAUGAAGAAAAAUAACAUUGUGGUCCGUGGCGGAAGUGCGUACUUGGACAACGGCGGGUGUGGAUCAGUAUAUCCAACACACCCAUACAGAUGUGCGGAUGGCAGUGGCUGUAUUCGUGAGAGCGCCCUCUGUGACGGUUCUCCUCUAUGCCGGGACGGUAGUGACGAAAUAGACUGUGGUACAUCGGAUAGUAAUUCCGCCAGCACGGAUUUACAACCAGCGUAUUACGAUGAUUCUGGUUGUGCAGCCUCUUUCCCAACACAUCCAUAUCGAUGUUCUGAAAGUAACCACUGUAUACCGGAAGUCAAUAUAUGUGACGGAUAUCAAUUAUGCCCCCAAGGCAGUGACGAAAUCGGGUGCGAUGAUGACGACGGUAAUGACGACGGCGAUGAUGAUAAUAGUAAUGAUCACGACAAAGCUUAUUAUGACGAAAACGGAUGUAAAAGACAACACCCAGAAUACCCAUAUCUGUGCGUUGAUAGGACAGUCUGUCUUCGUGAACGUCAACUAUGUGAUGGCCUAGGACAGUGCACAGAUUUUACUGAUGAAGUCGACUGUGAUACAGAUAAAG